AUGAUCUGCUCCGGGCGGAUCAUCACGUGUUCUUCUCCUCCGCGGAAGCCAACGGCGGUCCCCCGGGGGUGGAGGGAGAGGGCCCCCCCCGCCUUGAUCCGAUGGCGGUCCGCGGCCACCGAUGCUGGAGCCGCAGGAGGUGACCCCAGAGCUGCCGCUACUGCUUCCUCUCCGUCAUCUGCGUCGGCAGGAGAUGCUGCUGCCGGCGAUUCCGCUGAGACGAACCCUGCCGGGUAAUUUCUCCUCUCGCUCUUCCCUUCUAUCGUUUAGAGGUGUGUAUGCUCGUCUCAACUGAACUGCUUUGUGAAACAGAAAAGUCUGUUGGUUCCUUUUAGGUAAGAUUUCGAUUGGUUUAUACAGUUCACAAUGGCCGAUGAUACGUACUUCGCGGUUUUCAAUUUAUUUCAGACUGGGCAUGCAGGAAGUAACAGCUCAGAAGCGAACCCACAUCUGUUAAUUUUUUCUCUAAGGCGAGAGGUUUAGAUAGUUUUGUUGGUCGUCACCAUGUCAGCUUGAUUAAAUUACGAAAAAAUUCGCGUCAAACAUUCAAUGGCUUAUUUUGAGCUAUGGAAUAAAGUUCCGCAUGUUCUAAUGUCGAGUAAACGAUUUGGUUAUUCACGUGUAUUCCUAUUUUUAUAUUUCAAAGCGUCUUAAGGCAGGCAUUUUCUUUGUGAAAUGCAAAUGUUUGACUUGGUAGUAGAUUCUGUAUGUUUUUGUGGUCAGUUUUUAUCAAUUUCUCAUUUUGGCUUUAGAGCUGUACCAUAAUGCAGCUUUCAAGUGACUUCAAACGGCCCAACUGAAAAUUUUAGAUUUUUCAGAAGCUUUUGCAUCAUCGAAGGACCUGAAACUGUCCAAGAUUUUGCCAAGAUGGAGUUGCAAGAGAUUCAAGACAACAUCAAAAGCCGACGAAAUAAGAUCUUCUUGCAUAUGGAGGAGGUAUACUCUCUCAUUUAAAAAUAAAACUUAACACUUAAAUUUCAGUAAUUUGUCUCUGGAAGUGGGAAUUUAAUUCAUUCAUCGUCAGAAUGAUAAGGAUGAAUGUAUACUUAUUCAUUCUCUACCACGUAAGGCAAUUGAAUUAAAGCAUACUUACCAUGGCUACAGUAUUUGAAAGAGUGUUUCAUAAUCUUACCUUCAGUGAAUCAGUUAUCAUGCAACUCCACCUCAAGAAUUUGGACUCAACAAGAAAGUGCCAGUGGAGGGCUGAGUGCACUGAAUACACUUUUGGGAGGGAGGCACGAGAAGGAUUAGGAGAAAGAUGGAACAAACAAAGGCCAGUAAGUAAUGUUUGAUUCAGAUUAGGAUCGGUAGUCCUUGAUCCACUUUCAGCAAGAAGAUGGAACGAACAAAGUCCCAUGCAUACACUCAUGUUUGCUGUAUUAUAGACAAUAUUGGCAGGAUUGUCCUAGAAUCCUCCAACUUGAUACCAGUUCGGAGUGAAACGGCUGAGCACCAGAUGAUCCAAUGCCCUAGUGACUUCAUGUACUGUGCUCAAGUGGUCCAGUUUUUAGACUGGAUGAUCCAUGGGUAGAUGUUCGCAGUCAAAAGUUCUCCUAUUCAAGGGUUCUAUUACGCCCUAAGUUCUCCUAACCUGGGAAAAACUAGCGGCAGGAUAAUCUCCAAACACUAGGAUACGGUUCAGUCUCCAGGGAAUUAAUGUGGUCAUCCUUUGGUUCACUUCCUUUGUAGAAUACUAUUGACUGACUAGUAGAAUUACCUGACUAUUGAAGUAUCUUCUCCCUAUGCAAAUCUAAUUUCUCCGUUUCAAAUGGUAUCCGUAUCAUUUGACUUCACAGAACAUAAAAACAAAGUGAAAUCUGGUUUAAAUGAAGUUAUCCUCGGUAAUAUCUCUCAUAAGGGAAACUAAUUAUCGAUACCAUUUGACUGCUUUACACCGAUUUAUAGCGAAAUUUGCUAAAGCUCGAACCUAGUACACCGAUUUAUAGCGAAACAUGAACCAGGUAGAGGAGUUACAGUGUGUAAGUUGUCAAACUAGCCAUUAUUUACGAGCGUACUUUAUUCUACUGAUCAUUUGACCCACUAGAACUUUCUUUAAUCUAUUUUUUUCUUGGUAAAGCUUACUCAUCUCCUCAUGUCAUCAUUUUGAAGGCUGGUUCCCACUGUUAAUAUUCCUUAUCUUAUGGGUUCCUAGAUUUCCCAUUGAAAAUUGGAAAGAUGUGGCUUUAUUCUAAUAAGCAUGAUCUAUUAGAAUAGGACGAUGAAAAAAAAAUUAUGUACAUAAAUGUCAAUUCAUAAUCUAUUCCUGGACUUUGAUCAAUUGAUGAUUAUGUGCAGGUUCGAAGAUUACGGAUACAACAACGAAUUAAAAAUGCUGAGCUUGGAAUUUUUGAGGAGAAACAAGAAAAUGAGAUUCCUGAUUUUCCAUCAUUCAUACCUUUUCUGCCUCCUUUAGUAAGUAUAUUAAAGUCGCUUAUUUGUUGUAAAAUGAUCCACGUCCAUAGUUUUCUUAGUUAGGAAGUAUCUUUGUUUUGAUGUUGAUUUGUUUCAUAACUCCUAUUUAAAGCAAAUUUUUAAAGCUGCUAAAUUGUUCUCUUAUUGCAGACGCCAGCAAAUCUGAAGGUGUACUAUGUUACAUGCUUUUCUAUCAUUUCUGGGAUCAUCUUUUUUGGCGGGCUUCUUGCUCCAGCUGUAAGUUUCCCGGGUCCAAUCUGUAAGUUUCGUCGGCCUAGCCCUUUUGCCGAUUCAAAGUAUCUCAAUCCUCGUCCUUCACUCAACUGUCCCUCAAUCUCCACUUCCAGUAAGCUUCCUAGCGUACCUCCUCAAACUGUAUUCUAUACCUUUGUGCCCUGCAUGUCGUCUCAUCAAGCAUCUUUGUUUUCUCCUGUGCAUUUCGGAUGAGCACUGGGGUUUGCAGACCCUCCGAUACCUAAUAUAAUGAUUUUAACAGAGGGAUGAAAGCAAAAAUAUCAGUUACAGUGGCCCGCAAAUAGCCAUUCUUCUUCGAGUCAGUUGAUUCCAACUAGUAUGACCUGGUUAGGUUGGCUCGCUUGGUUGAUCUUAUCCUCCUAAAAUUUUCCCUGGUCUUCUCCAUUUCAGGCGAAGGAACUAAACUGGAAAGAAGAAAUAAAGAAAGAAAAAAUGGGUGGAGGAAUAGGAGUCAGCUGCAGUAUAAUGGGACCAAUUUUAAUCCUAUUGAUCAAUUAAUUUAGAUGAUCUGAUAUCUCUUAGCCUAAAGGAUUCAGGGGCUCAACAGAAUUUUUAAUUCUUACCCUUGCUUUUUGAGCAUGGGACUAAGACAAGAGCCUAGAAAGUUAAACAGUCUUAAAGGAACAAGAAAAGAAUGGUGUUAGGACAUAAUUAGUCGGCAAUAUUCUACCAUUGGGGCCGGCUGUGGAAGAGUACCGGUUUUCUUCACACAAAUAUGGUUCAUAUAACCAACUGGCUUUUUAACUGGUCAAAAAAAAGUCAAGACUGGGUUCUAAUCCAAUUUUUCUCGUUCUAGGUAUAUCAGUUACCUUAGGUAAAGUCGAAAAAUAUAAUACCACGUAAGUUUAUUACUUAAUUGUUACUGACGACAUGAAUUUUUUUGGUUCUUAAGGUUUAAGUUAUAUGAGUACAUCUCCUGUCUAAAACUAAAAGGAGGAAGGGAUGGUAAGGGGUUAGUCCUGAUGUCUGGUAUUGUUUCCCGAUUUGUUCUUCCUUCCAGUCAGAUCUCUGACACCUUUUUUUGUUAUUUUUCAUCAGUAUGUUGUUAAGGGGUAAGUCCUGGUGUCCGGUGCUGUUUACCUAUUUGUUCUUCCAUCCAAUCAGGUCUCUGAUACCUUUUUUCUUUUUUUUCAACAGUAUGGUGCUAAGGAACAGUCUAGCAUCCUACUUGAUAGUUUGUCAUUUAAUGCCAUGUACGGCUUUGAAGUUCAUUAAAUAAAAUAUAAGAGAUUACUAUUCCCAGAUAUAAUGAUUAUGAAAAUGUAAAUAGUAGAUCAGGUAAAAAUGUAAUUGUCUAUUUUUGACGUGUUGAAUUAUCGUAUAUGGUUAUUCUUCGUGUUUGACUCAUUAAUCCUAAAGUGUACUAUAUUUCUUGACGAUCUUUCCAGUUGGAGCUUAAACUGGGAAUAGGGGGGACAUCAUACGCAGAUUUUAUUCGCAGCGUUCAUUUGCCAAUGCAGCUGAGGUAACCAGGCAAUUAAGAAUUUGACAUUUUGGUCAUAUCAUAAACUUUUUUGAUUAUAUGUUUCCAUAUUUGAUAUUUUGCGAUGCCUUUCGUAUGUCUUGAAUGGAGCUGCAAUAUAGCUGUGUAUUUUUUAAUACAUCUUUUGGGUUUUCUCUACGGCUUAGGAACCUUGAACUUUAAUGCAUCUUGUUAUGGAUCAACUCAUGUAAAUAAUGUCGCAGUAUUAUGUAUUGGCUCACAUGUGAUGGUUACCAUAAAGUUUUGUUAAGAACAUAUGUAUAUGCACGGUUGAUCAGUUAGGACGGAUUUGUACAUGGUUAAGUACCAAUGCAAUUAUAUUUGGUAAUAUCAUGUCGUUGAACUUCAAAUGUCAUCUGUAAACUCACCAGUCGUUGUCUACUCUGUCUGAUUGAUUGUUGAUGUAGUUACCAAUAUUCUAUCAUUAUCAUCCAAAUUCUUGUAUUGAAAUAUUAUAUGUAUUGAAAGGAUAUUACCUAUAAUGAAAGUAUCCAGCACAAUUUUGACUUCUAUGUUAAGAAUGAAGUAAAUAUAAAUGAGACCAUUUAUUCCUCACUAACUAUAUGAAAAACUGUAUUCGUUUGAAAGCUCGACUUAUCUUCAUCAAUGUAUCCCUUUUGCGAUAAAUGUUGUUCAUUGAUACAUUCAAUGCAUAUGAUUCACAUCAGUGUCCCCCUGCUUCUUUUAACCAUCGAUCAUUUCAUUCACAUCACUAAUUUUCAAAUCCCUUUCUCAAAUUUUCAGUCAGGUUGAUCCAAUUGUCGCAUCAUUCUCUGGGGGAGCGGUUGGUGUAAUCUCGGCCUUGAUGGUCGUUGAGAUCAACAAUGUCAAGCAACAGGAGCAUAAGAGAUGCAAAUAUUGCCUUGGAACUGGUACAUAUACUCCACACAGUCUGCUGGCAUCGUACAUUGAUGCUGCUGAACUUCUACCUGUGCACAUACACUAUUAGCACAAUUACCCCGAAUGGUGUUUUCAGGAGCUGUCCAAAGCUUCAGAAACUCCCCUGCAUUGCCCACAGCUUUCUUGCCUAUAACAAGAUGAUAUACACUAGCUACUCCCUUCCACUGGAAAACUACCUCGUUGAUGUUUACUCUAGUUUCCUUUUUGAGGGUGAUUCAUUGAGAUGCCAGCUAUCAUAUUAGUCAGAUUUCUCGUCCAAUUUCCAUAAUAAUGCGACUUUCUUCUAUUAAUAUCAGCCUUUAUUUGCAGAUAUUUGGCUCGCACCUUUUAUGCUUGUUGAAGGUGUUAUUACUUUGUCAAUGCAGGAUAUCUUGCCUGUGCGCGCUGUUCAAGCACAGGGUCAAUUGUCCUAGUGGAACCUGUUUCCGCGGUGAAUAGUUUUGACCAACCUCUGAUGCCUCCCAGAACCGAAAGGUGCUUAAACUGUUCAGGAUCCGGGAAGGUACUGGAACGAAGGAAACUAUUUCUCUGGUAUUUUCGUUCAGUUGACUUUAUCUUCACAGGGAAACAGAAUUAAUGGGGCACUUUUUAUUACUUUUAUUGGAUUUUUUCUCCCCCACCAUUUCCCACUUCAUGUCCCAAUUUAGUUGUCACCUUUGUGCAUAUACAGGCCAUGUGGAUGUUGCCUUUCUCCCAUUGAUUGAAAGGAGACAGAGUAUAAGUGUUAUGGUUCCUUAAGGAGAGAAAUAAGGAGAGAAAGUAACAAAGAUUAGGCCACGUUCUUCUGCAGGUCAUGUGCCCUACAUGCCUUUGCACAGGGAUGGCCAUGGCGAGUGAGCAUGACCCACGGAUCGAUCCCUUUGACUAG